AUGAACAGCAGCAAACACUCAAAACAAAACGAAGCACAAGAGAUCAACGAUGCCAGGAAACCCUACAAUAUUAAGCAGCUGCCGAUCGAGUUAAUAGCAGAGAUCUUCUUCAAACUACCAAUCACAACACUCUUUCAUUGCAAAUACGUGUGCAAGUCUUGGCGUGUUUUGUUCUCAAACCCUAAUUUCACCAGAGAAUUAUUCUCACGAACACUCAAUUGGCUUUUGAUCCAUGUCUGCAACAGCUUAUUCGGGGACAAGUUCUUCUUGGUCGAUAUUGACAUUCGCUCGCCCUCUGAACCAAAGCUCGCCUUGGAGCUUCCAAGAGAUCCAAACUUCGUACACCUUGGUGCACAGAUUAAAGGUUCAUGCAACGGCCUCCUUCUACGUAAGGAUUUAUCUUACCCCUAUCUUGGUCGAUAUUGUAUAUCAAAUCCUAUGACUGGUGAGUGUUUACCCCUUCCUGAAUGUUAUAUAAAACCAUCUGUUGUUGGGUUUGGGUUUAGUUCCGUCAGUCAUGUCUAUAAAGUAGUGUUCAUGCAACCAAAGAAAGGAGAAGGAUGGGUUAUGACUGUCGGCUCUAAAACUUGGAGAAGGCUUGACAUUCAUAACUUCAAAGGCGCUCCUCCGCAACAUAUGAUUUAUCUAAAUGGAUUCCUUCAUGGAAUUGUUUGUUCGAGUCAAAAUGGAACUAUGUCGAGUCUUCAACAAUACCUGAACCGGCUGAACGGAUUGUCUGCCUCAACUCGUUCACUAUGUGGCUUCGAUGUUGAAAACGAGCAGUUUCAACAAUUACCUGCACCUUCAACUUUGGAAGGAGAUCAAUCUUCUACACAUUGGAAUCUCAAAGUCAUGAGAGGUUGUCUUUCCCUAUUUGUUAGGGAUAGCGAUGGCGUAAAUAUGUAUUGUUGGGUGAUGAAUGACUAUGGCGUUAAGGAGUCUUGGACCAAAGACUUUCAAAUUAGAGAAAGGUCAGUACCUCGUGUGUUAAUGUUUUCUACGGAAGAGGAGCAAGUAUUGGCGUUAGAAAAUGGGCAGUUGCGUUUCUUUUCUGUAAGACAAGGAAGGUGGAGGCGGCUUGUUGUGAGCAAUGAGGUUGAUGGCAUUCCAAGGGAGAUCAACAAUGCAUUUUUCUAUACUCCAAAUUUUACUUUGAUUAAUGAUAUGAUCAAGAGUUAA